AUGGAUGAUAACAUGGCAUACCCCCCUACCUCCUACGACACACCGGGUGGUAGAAUCGACUUGACUUCUGGGUACGAGCAGUACCGCGCCGUCUUCCCCCCGCAGGUCGACGCGGUCCAGGUGCUUGGCAACUUGAGCGAUCCAGCAAAGGGUCACCAUGCGCGUAACGGUGGAUUUUCCGCCACCCUUGCCGACCACCCUUAUUUCAUGUUCGGCCCCAUAGAGAGCGAGGGAUACGACAAAACUCCAUUUGGAAUCAUCUCCAACGCGGCAGCCAGAGCCCUCGAGCCGAGGGAAGACCCGCUUCUCACAACAUACUAUGCCAUUGAGCCGAACGGCUACACUCCCCCUUUACUCGGGCUGACCGAAAACGAGGUGAAAUUUGAACAUGAGACGGGUUUGGAGGUGAUCAUUUCGACCGACGGAGGACUUGCUGAGGGGAGACCGGGCAGCGGCAAUGGCUGCGUCUGGUUUCAGAAAACGAUCAGAGAGGAGAGAGACGGGCUCCCACCACGUAACUUUUAUCAUGGGACCGGGGUUGCACCGGUGAAGGUGGAUAUUACUGGCAAGCUGCUCGGGAGACGUGUCCUUGGCGAUACAGUGAUCUUUAAGAAGCACGAGCCGGCCUUUGGCACGUUUUGCGCGAUAAACCAUCAGGGUUGGUACUACCUGUGGGGCAGACAUACCAAUGAUAUCUACCUCGCUAGAGUCCACGUGGAACAUGCGUUCGAACGCGAAUACUACCAGUUCUGGAAUGGGUACUCGUUCACUGGAGAUAUCGGGAUGGUAACCCCCGUUCUGAGUGGAUUUACACAUGGGGUCAUUUACCCAACCAGGCUCUUCGGGCACACUUUUGGGUGGGCAUUUAUCGGCAACACCGCCUGGGAUGAUUACACUGCGAUGAUGGGUGCUGCAAAGGAUCCACAGGGCCCCUUCCAAGUCGUCCCAGUCGCCUUUGGUGAGAAGUUGCAGGAGAACGCAUUUAACGAAUGUGUUUACGCGCACCCUUGGGCUUUAAAAGAGUCUCUCGGUGAAAUCCUCAUAACCUGGAGCGAGAAAUGGCCUGGUGGAAUCAUCGCAGCAAAAUUCCAGAUGCAAAUGCUUCACCAGGGCGCGUACUGGACGGAUAUAUCGCUGGAGGAACUUCAAACCAGUAUCUCGACCCUCGCAAAAACUCACGCAGUUCUUGAGGAAAUUGCCGACGACUACAGCGUGCUUUAUGAGCUAGAGUCCAAAAGCUUUGGCAAGGCUGGGAUCAAGCUGCUGGGGUCAUCAGCCGAAGCUGUCGACGCUGCUGCCGUCGCAAUCUGCCAGAGGGUGGAAGUCUGGGUCCGUCAGGCCAUGGGUAUCACGGAAGAGGAGAAAGAGAAAGAAAAGCGAACGUUCAAGAACGGUUUUGGGCUCUUUUCGAGGAGCAAAAACAAGGAACGAAAGUGA